GGCGUGUCCCGGUGCCGUGGGCGGGCCGCGCCGAGGCCGCCAUGGCGCUGAGCGGGGCCCUGGCGCUCCGUGUCGCCUACGCGUCCUUCGGCGCCCUGAGCGGCCUCUCGGCCUUCUGCGCCUGGAGCGCCGUGCCCGCGCUGCGCCAGCCCGGCACGGCCGCGGCCGGCGGCCUCUCGGGUGUGCUGGCGCUCUGGGCCCUAAUCACGCAUGUGAUGUACCUGCAGGAUUACUGGAGGACCUGGUUAAAAGGGCUGAGGUUCUUCCUCUCUGUCGGGAUCCUCUUCUCUGCCCUCUCCGGGCUGGGCUUCUGCGCCUUCCUGGCCCUGGCCAUCACCCAGCACCAGUCCCUGACUGACCCCAAGAGUUACUACCUGUCGUGCGUGUGGAGCUUCAUGGCGCUGAAGUGGGCGCUGCUGCUGAGCCUCUACUCGCACCGGUACCGGGCCGAGUUCGCCGACAUCAGCAUCCUCAGCGACUUCUGAGCCUGCGGGAAAGGUGUGAGAGGCGGGACGCGGAGCAGGGAGCCCCUCCCGGCACCCCGGGGCUGGCUGUCUGUCCGUCUGUCCGUCUGUCCGCACAGAGGGGCUUUGCCCGCUGGCUUUUCCUCGCUCACCGUGGCAGGUUCCAGGAGGAGGGAGGGAGGGGAAGGACUCCUGGAGUGCUCCAGGGGGUGGCAGUUGUCACCGCCCUGCUCCUGUGUCACCUCUCUGCUCCUUUGUGGGUGAGCACAGCUCAUCCCAAAGUUCUCAGGGAUGGGAAUGCCGCCCCUAGCAGAGCACAGCUCAUCCCAAAGUUCAUCCCAAAGCUCCCAGGGCUGGGAAUGCUGCCCCUGGCUGCUCCCCGGGCUGGUUUUAAAAAGGAAUGGGAUCCCGUGUUUAACCAUAAAUGCCGUAUUUAAUGCUUGAAGUUGCAGCAGCGGGUGUGUGGGGAAAAGGUGUUUGGGGAAGGGGGUGCAGGGUCUCUCCCCUGAGCCUCAGGGAGAGGAUUCUUGGGGAAAAAAUAAGGAAAAAAUGUUUAUGUGGAAGCAGGAGGAGAGUGGAGGGGAGAGGGGCUGCUCAGGUGACUCCAUGGAUUGAGGAGCACCUUUGGGGUGAGGCUGUGACCUGCUGGAGUCCCUAAACCCAGCCCCUGGGUCACGUCCUAACCCUGGAGUUCCCACCUCAGCUUUGUAAAGGUUCCUGUGUGUAAAUAUUCUCUCUAUUUUUACAUGGAUUCCUCCUGGUUUGCACCUCGGGGGUGCCGGGGUCGGUGCCACCCUUGCUGUCACCCUGUGGCACCACAAAUACAGCCCUCCCUCACCA